CAGGCACAUGGUUGGGCUCUGUGACAGACUGACAGGGAGCAGAUAAAGACAGGGAACGCAAGAGAGCAAGACUGAGAGAAUAGAGAGAGAGAGAGAGAGAGAGAGAGAAGGAGGGAGGGAGUCUUUCCAGUUAGUCUGAAUCUCUCUGAGCCUACACAAUCUCAACACAACCCCAGACUCAGUAAUGUUGGAUACGCUGCGAGAGUGAGUGUACCUUUCACACACACUCUGCAAUCACCUGCUCGAGGACACACAUAGCACACAUCCGGUUCAACAUGGAGGAGGCUGACCUGCUGAAGGAGAGGCUCCAGGCCAUCACGGACAAAAGGAGAAUCCAAGAGGACAUUGCCAAGAAAAGGAGACAGAUUGAGGAGGAGAAAUUGAAACUCCAGUACAUAAAGAAAAAAGCCCUGAGGGAGCAGUGGCUGAUGGAUGGCCUGAGUCAGCAGUCGGAGCAGGAACAAGAGGCCAUGAGGCUUCAGGCUCAGGACGAACAGCAGCAGAGUGAUCAGCUGCAGAGCAACAUCCUCAGAAUAGAAAAGGAGAUUAUGGCCUUGGAAGCACAGGAGCUCGACAUCUCUGCCAAUGAAGAAGUAGUUCUUAAGCGGUUGAAAGAGGUGGAGAGGACCGCUGAAGACAUUAUCAAGGAGCUAAACGCAGAGUUCCAGGCAGAUGUGACACAUCAUGUCUCUUCACCACUCCCAGAUAUUUCAUCAUUCAUCCCACUGACACCUGCAGAAACCCGCCCUAUAUGUAAGCCUGGUAGUGAAGAACCAAAGAAAGCUACAUUUGCAAUGGAGAUCAGUGUGGAGCAUGAUAAGAGAACAGGCAAAAGUCAAGUAAUCUCUACAGCAUCCAUCACCCCCGAAACCAUCCAGGAGAGGGGGUUAAAAGUGUACGAUGAUGGGCGCAAGUCAGUAUAUGCGCUGCACCCAGACGGAGGCAAAAUGCACUGUGGAGCAGUUGGAGAGAUGACACACACAGAGGUAGAAGAGCUGCUACGUCAGGCCACAGAAGAGAAUGUGCCCACUGAGGUUCAUUACCAUCAGCCUGUCUACUCUGUACCCUACACAGGGAACAGUAGGCCUUCAACUCCCAGGACGCCGAAUAAAACUCAAAGGCAAACCCCGACAUCCAGUCCCAGCCCCUUCCAGAGCAUGAUCCCAUCCAGAAAUGGACCUCAAGUCUUCAGAGAGGAAAACCAGCACAGACAAGAACAGGAGGGAUGGAAAGCUCAGAGCAAAACACCUAGCCCUAGCCUCAUCCAACAAGACUCCAUGUCAAGAGUCAAAAAAUCUGGAGAAGAAACCAAGCUGCCCAACUUCCACAUUCCAGGACAAUCUAAGAGUGACAACCAUCUAAUCCCACAGCCUGACUUUGGUGCUAAAACUCCACAAGGACUCACCAAUGGCAAGACAGAUACAAGCAGUCCAAAUCCAGCAGCUCUGGUCUCAGUUAAAGCCAGGUCUGAAGGAAUGCCAGCACCCAUGCAACCAGUCUACAGGGCUGUGGAUAGCCAUAGUCCUUUUCAGUCCCACAAGUCUGAUGGUGAUCCUGAUGCCUUGAUAGAGAGUUCAGUGGAUUUUAACAGACACUCGCCCUACUGUGCAGAGAGUAACGCCUCUCUGAACUUGCCAGAUGAGCUAGAAUCAGAACCUGUCACCAUGAUCUUCAUGGGCUACGAGAACGCUGCGGACGAAGAGGAAGAUGACAUCCAGGCUGAACUGGUCAUCAUAGCUAAUAGUGAUGAUGAUGAUGAUGAUGGUGGUGGUGGUGGUGGUGAGGCCCAGUCUGUUAAAAAUGAAAGUGAGGGGGAUGAAUGUCUUUCAUACCACCCAGAGGGAUACAAGAGCAAAGUCUUCCAACCUAAAGUGGGUAUAGCCAAGGUUACAGGCUGCAGAGACAUUACUGAAGACACCAACACACACUGGGAUGAUUUGGAGCUCCACAAGCCAACAUUCAUCCACAAGCCUGGAAAGCACAGUCCCUACCUGCAGGGACAAAGGGGGAAUGAGUCGGCAAACACAGGCAGCAUCAAUAUGGAGAAGAUGAAGCUGUGCUCAACAGGAAGAUAAGACAGAACUUCACCAGCUGCUGAGAAACUGGGUCACUGAAGAAUGUGGGAAUGGAAUUUGUUCUGGUUUCUUUUUUCUAUCUUUCUUGUCCUUCACCAUGUUUUUCCAUUUGGCUUAUAGAUUAGAACAUAUCUUUUGUGUGAAUGCAUAACCUCCAAUCCAUCUCUCAGCCUUACACCAGGUGCCAUUCUUAUUUUCUUAUGCAAUAAAAAGACAACAACUUUUCCUUUUGUGCGCUAUUUGUUGAAGAAAACCUUAUUUUGACACGUCUGUGCUUUGCCUUGAUUGAGGGAAAACGGCUGACAGCCACAGGCAGUGUUAGUCAGCCCUUGUGCCUCAGUGAUUCAGAAAGCUUUAUUGCCACCUCUUGGCAAAUUAGUUUCAUUACACAGUCCAUUAACACGGGCACAGAAUGUGUCAAAGCCUGACCAAUGCAGUUGUAUUUUAUUUUAAUCUAUGGUACCACUGUCUAAAAUUAUAUACUUUAUAUAUAAAUCUGUAAGUUGCAAAAAUAGAAUAAAAUAAAUAAACCCUUUAUUAAUGCUUUAUAGACUAAUACUAAGACAUUUGAAUUGGCUAGGUUUCCAGUAUGACUUGCUUUGUCUCAUAAUUCAUUAGAAAGAAGCUUUUGAACAUUGUUUUGGUGGGGGAAGCCUUGAUAGUAUACUGCCAUACAUAUCUGCGGACUUGAUGGCUUAUUAUAAAGUAAGUAACCCAGAACCCUUUAACUGCAAAUAUUAGUUAAACACACAAUCAUUACUGACCUCAUCUAGACUAAAAAUAAAUACAUUGAUUUUGGUCUAGCUGCAGCAGAGAUAGUUACACUACAGGAAUCUGGAAAACCAAAUGACAUCCUUAUUACACUAUGUAGCCCAAAGUAUGUGGACUGAUACUCAAGUCUUAACAUAGUAUACAAUGAUGUUUUAUUUUAUUUCUCCAAGUUUAUGCUCUUUACUGUUUCAACACAAGAAUGCUUUUGGGCAUGAAUCCAGCACCAUAAAGAAAUGUUUUUUCCCAGUUUACUGUUGCUUGACUGCCUCACACAGAGUCCUGACCUCAAACCAAUUCAACACCUUUGGGAUGAACUGGACCGCUGACUGUGAGCCAGGGCUUAUCACCCAACAUUUGUGUUGGACCUCACUAAUGCUCUUGAGGCUGAAUGGGAACAAAUCCCUGCAGCCAGCCGCUGAUGGAAUGCCGAAAAAGAGAAUACUGGAGAUUUUAUAGCUGGACAUAAAUGCCCAUUGUGUCAAACUCACAUGUCUAACUAUCACAUAUGAGUGAGAUGUCCACAUACUUUGUUAAAAAAAAAUAAAAAGCAUUAAUAAAAUAUUUAUUUACCAUUAAUUACAGCUUAGAAACAUCCAUCAAAUAUGGCUUAUUUUUAAAGUGGUGCCUUUUUUCAAAUGAGGAAGUAAAUCUAAAUCAUGCAGAGAAGAAGUUUUUUUUUGUUUUUUUUUUGUAACUGUAAACUAACUGAGCUGUGUGGUAUUACUUACUUUGUGAUUAAAGAGAUUUCUUCAUCAUCUAAUGGUGACAUUGUUGUUUUUAGCAGUUGUGCGUUAUUGUAAUUUCAACAUCUUGUAUGAACAGAAGAAGACUUUCCUUCAUGCCAAUGCAACUAACUGCUGUCAUUUAAACUGUGGCCUAUUUGAUAUUAGUCACCUGGAUUAAUCACCAAUCCAACUACAAGAAGACACAUACAUUUGUAAAUUUGUUAGAUUUCACAAAGAAACCUAAAGCUAGUACCAAGGCAAGGACACAUCUUUGAAUCACAAUGACAAUAAAAAUAAAUAUGUUUAUAAAACGGUGAACAUGUGUAUGUCUGAGCUGGUCUGUAUGAAGCGAGGACAGCAGGUUUGCUCUGAACACUGUGUGUGUG